AAACAGUCUUUUGUUGUUGUUUUUUUGGGUGAGUGUCGAAACAGUCUUUAGAUUCACGAACGGUCUUUCCUUUGCGCUCUGUUAAAAAAAAUUCCGAAUCCGGUGAUCUGGGCUUCAUAACUCUGCAAUUUUUGAGAAUAUUCUCCAGUUUUGUUCUCAGAACAAAACAUACUCGUGAAUUAUCAUUUCGACCUUCAAGGAAAAUGUUCAGUUUUUUAUCUUCUUAUGAGCUUUUUUGCUGAUUACUCGAUUCUCUUGGAGACCUAGACGGUGUCACCUGAACUAGUUUAAUGAUUGAAAAUUUGGUUGAAUUUUGUGACAAUUUGUUUGGUUAAUGAAUUUCGUGGAGCUUUCAGGGUUUUAUCUGAAAUUUCGCUGAUCUUUAGUGAAAUUUGAUUGAGCUAUUUGAUGAGUGUUGAAGUUGGAGGCAUUCAUGAAUCUGUAGUCGAAUAUAUAACUGAAAUUGAGUUCAUUUUUGUUGAAUUUGAUUGAGAUAUGACAUUUGUGGAGAUUUGCAGGAUUUAAUCUCAUGAUUACCUGAAUUUUCUGUGGCUCAAUGGAAAUAUUUGAUGACUGGUUUAGGUUUCUGAUAGUUGUAGAGAUUUAUUGGAGUUAAUAUGAAUUUGUUUGUGGAGUUUUAACGGAUAUAAUGUGAAUUUUAGCUGGAGUUUCUGGAAUUUCACUGAAAUAAUUGAUGAUUGGACAUUCGUGGAGAUUUACAGUAGUUGAUGGACAAUAACACAGACUAUUCUAAAUUUUUAGGCCAAGACUUGAUUACUGGGUCGUGAUUUGGACUAUCAUGAAACUUUACAGGAUUUGACCUGUAUUUGAUCUGAAUUUUGUAGAAAUAAUGAUUGGUUCUGGUAUGAGAGUUUGAUUUGAGAGAUCAACAAAAUGGAUACAUUGAAGAGGCAAGCAAGCAAGUUCAGAGAGCAGGUGUCAAAGCAGCAGCAGGCUGUUUUGAGACAAUUCUCCACACAUGGUGGAAAUGACACUGUCAUCACUGAUGAGGCUGAGGUUCGAUGCCAUAAAAAGCUGGAAAGCCUCUAUAUAUCCACAAGAGCUGCAAAGCAUUUUCAGAAAGAUGUUGUUCGCAGUAUUGAAGGUCUCAUUUCUACUAGUUCAAAGCAGAUGGAAAUAGCAACAAAGCUAGCAGAUGAUUGUUGCAAGUAUGGGAAUGAGAGCCACAGCUCAAAUACUACUCUUGCAAGUGCAUCACGUCAAUUUGGGACUUCACGGAAUUCCAUGGAAAGUGAAAGAGAAAAUUUGCGUAGGAUCCUCAGUACUCAGGUUUCUGAGCCAUUAAGGGCAAUGGUCAUGGGGGCUCCUUUAGAAGAUGCCCGCCUUUUGACACAUAGGUAUGACCGGAUUUUUCAGGAGGUGGAAGCUCAGGUAGCUGAAGUUGGAAGGCGUCAAUUGAAGGCCAAGGAACCUGGGGCAAAUGCAGACAGUGCAUAUAAACUACAAAAUGCAGAGAUGAAGCUAUCAGAGCUUAAGUCCUCUUUGUCAGCUCUGGGGAAAGAAGCUACUGCUGCGAUGAUGUCUGUUGAGGCUCAACAACAACGCCUCACUUACCAAAGACUUAUUACAAUGGUUGAGGCGGAAAGGUCUUACCAUAAAGCAGUUGCUGAUAAUCUAGAUAAGCUCCAUGCUAAGAUGGUGGUGGAGAAGCAGCGUUAUGAGUCAGGUGCUUUGGCAGAUGUUUGUCUCUCUUCCCCGUCAAACAAAGACAAAACUGAGAAUGGUUCUGGUGGCACUGCUAAUGCUACUCAGAAAGCCAUGUACUUUUUAGCAGAAGUAUUACAUCCUUUUGAUGCUCAGGCAGAGGGCGAGCUUAGUCUUUCUGUCGGUGACUAUGUUGUGGUUCGCCAGGUUUCACCAGCUGGAUGGUCGGAAGGCGAAUGCAAAGGGAAGGCUGGCUGGUUCCCGUCGGCUUACAUUGAAUUGCGAGAUAAGGCACCCGCAAGCAAGAUAUCUGACAUUGACCCACAAUCAUGAUUUAAGUUUCUGCUGUGGUAAUUUUGUAGAUCGGUACCUUGAAAUGUAAUUUUCUGGAAGAACCUACGGAUUGUAUUCGUUUUUUUUCUUUUUUUUUGAUAUUGUGAAAAGAGUGUGAAGAUGUAUGUUGUUGUUCUUGUUCUCCAUUUUGCUUGUAUCUGAACUUUUUCAGCUGCGCUUUCAGGUUGCCAUUUUUCUCACAA